AUGGGGCAGCCCCGGGCCAACACCAGACAAAGCCCACUGCCGGUCAGUCAGAGGAUCAUCCAAUCACAGCACAAAGCAAGGCAGACCAGGAGUGCUGGGAGCUGCUCCAGUUAUGAUACAAGCUCCUGGGUUGAGAAAGGCUCUAGUAAACCUGAUAAAGGGAAGAAAACACCGAACAAGGUCACAUCUUCUUCUUCCAAGAGUACAGGAGACAUAAGCCACAAGAGUUCCAGUUCUAAUGGUCGACAGCAAUAUCGUUACUUCACCAAGGAUGGCAUGUGUCGCGGCUCGUCAUACAGCUCCAAGAACGAGAUGUGUGACCUGAUCGGCACCCUGGUGGAUCUGAAGUACAGCUGGAUCUUCAGGUUGUUGUUGAGGCCUACCUCUUCCCAGAGUCCAGCAGGGCUAGGGGACACCAAGGACACGUCCUUCUGUAAUGUGACCGAGGACAUCUCUGUGGCUGACCCCAGGAAAGAGUGUGGGACGCGGGCUAAGCUGCCCAGGAUAAUCGGGGGAGUGGAGGCUACCUUGGGAAGGUGGCCCUGGCAAGUCAGUCUCUACUACAGCAACCGACACACCUGUGGAGGCACCAUCAUCACCAGCCAAUGGGUGGUCACCGCAGCCCACUGUGUGCACAAUUAUAGGCUGCCACAGGUGUCCAGUUGGGUGGUCUACGCUGGUAUUGUCACACGCAGUUCAGCUAAAAUGGCUCAGUACACUGGAUAUGCAGUGGAAAAGAUUAUCUACAACAAGAAAUACAACCCCAGGAGCCACGACAAUGACAUUGCUCUGAUGAAACUGCUGACCCCACUGAAUUUCUCAGAUACCAUCAGGCCUAUCUGUCUGCCACAGUACGAGCAUGAUCUACCAGGAGGAACACAGUGCUGGAUCUCUGGCUGGGGCUACACUCAACCAGAUGAGGUUCUCAUCCCUGCCACGCUAAAAGAAGCUCCAGUUCCACUGAUAAGCACCAAGAAAUGCAACAGUUCCUGCAUGUACAAUGGAGAGGUCACCCCACGCAUGCUCUGUGCUGGAUACACCGAGGGCAAAGUGGACGCAUGUCAGGGGGACAGUGGGGGUCCGCUAGUCUGUCAAAUUGACAACGUGUGGAGACUGGUGGGCGUGGUGAGCUGGGGUACAGGCUGCGCUGAGCCCAACCACCCCGGAGUCUACACCAAGGUGGCCGAGUUUCUCGGCUGGAUCUACGACAUGAUUGAGAGCUACUGA